UCCCCUUAGCAACAGCUAAGCAAAGCGGAAAGAGUUGUGUAUGGUUGCUACAGAAAUUCGUGCAGUGCAGUAUUACCAGAACAUAUAAUAAUGGCAGAAGUAGAAGAGACUCUGAAAAGAAUUCAGUCGCACAAGGGAGUUAUUGGAACAAUAGUUGUAAAUGCAGAAGGAAUUCCAAUCAGAACCACUUUAGAUAAUUCCACCACUGUGCAGUAUGCUGGACUGCUACACCAGCUCACAAUGAAAGCCAGAAGCACAGUAAGAGAUAUUGACCCUCAGAAUGAUCUAACUUUUCUGAGGGUCAGAUCAAAGAAACAUGAAAUUAUGGUUGCCCCAGACAAAGAAUACCUGUUGAUUGUCAUCCAGAACCCCAGUGAAUAGCUUCCUCAUUGAGCAGACAUUCUCAAGGGACCAAUGCUCAGGCAGCUACUAUCAGAGCUCCAUCUCACAUACCCAUGGGAUAGUCUGGUGUUACAUUUCUAAAGUCCCUACAUUUAACAUCAAUGUCUGCAGUUAUUACCACAUCUGUGUAUCAAUUCUAGUGUGUUCAGUAUUAAAAUCUGCCAUAAAUGUA